GCAGCGAUUUUCUUUUCUUUUUCUUUUUUUUUAAUAAAAAAUCACAAGGGUAUGUUCCCGGAAACGAAGUCGUUUCAGGCUCAUAAACCCAUACAACCCAAACCGAACACGCCCCUACGCACACUCCCUUACCUGGCCAGCCAGACAGACACACAGGAGACCGGCUGCGUUUCAAAAAUUCCAAGAGAGCGGCAAAAAACUAGAAAGAAUAACAAUCCUUACUUUUUGGCUAAAUUUUUAUUUAUUUAUUCAUUUUUAAAUAUAGACACGCUUCAUCGAUGGCCAGAACGAAACAUCCAGUUGCUCGAAAACGAGCCAGAAGCCCGAAGAGAUCCGAUGCCUCACCAUCUACACCUAGAACGCCAACAUCGACGAGAACAAGACCGCAAGCAAAUGGCCAGCAAGGUUCAUCCACACAAAGGCAGAGGAAAAAGCAUCGCUUCCGUCCAGGAACAAUAGCUCUUCGUGAAAUUCGGCAAUAUCAGAAAACUUGGAGGCCACUCAUACCAGCUGCUAGCUUUAUUCGAUGUGUAAGAAUGAUUACCCAGGAGUUUUCCCGAGAAGUGAACCGUUGGACUGCUGAAGCUUUAGUUGCAAUUCAGGAGGCAGCAGAGGAUUUUUUGGUUCAUUUGUUUGAAGAUGGAAUGCUCUGUGCAAUUCAUGCAAAAAGGGUUACAUUAAUGAAAAAGGAUUUUGAGUUGGCCCGUCGGCUUGGAGGGAAGGGACGACCUUGGUGAGAGUGUUACAGUACAAGAGCAUCACUGAUUGUCACCACCUUGAUGUGUAAUUACGCUGCUAUUCUUUGACAGCCUCUGCUUUCUUGUCGUGUAGUAGGUGUUAUGAUGUAUUAUUAGGACAUAGGAAUCAGUCCACCCUCUGUGGCACCUUACAUAAAUUUAACUACCACAGUAAAUGUGGUGCAUGAUAUUUUAGACUAUAGAGAAGGCAGAUCCCAUUGUCAAUGGUUCCUUAGAAUCCACAAAUCAUAUGAGGAUUAUAAAUAGCCAUUUAUCCUGUUGUUUCUGUUGCUUGUUUGAUGUGAAAAUUGGAACCUCAAGCUGCU